GUGGGCGUACAUUUAAGCUCUUCAUGAUUGGCUGAUGCGGAAAUCAUCCUUCCAAUAGCAGCUAGCUUAAGGGCUAAGACUAGACGAAAUAGAACCCGAAACAGUUUCCAGGCCAGACCGAGGCUCAACUGAGGCCUUUCCACAGAGCUAGCUCUGUGGUCACGUGGGUCUGAGGCGGCGUUCACUUGGGUCGGAUGCUCAAUAGUUAUACAGAAUUUUAGGCUUUUAAUACACUUAAAUAGAAGCGUGAGAAAAAAAUUCACCCCCCUCAGAGUUGUCAUGAGUGUAAACUAGAUCAUUUAAACCAAAAACAUGUUCUGGUACCAGGCUGUAAACAAGUUUAUUUCUGCUGUGAAAUUGGUAUUUUUAACAUGGGAGUCAAUGAUGAUUUGCUCGCUUCUGACACCAGCCCCUAGUGGAUGAGGGUGGAACUGCAAUUUUUCUUACUUCCGGGUUGGCCUCAAUUUUUAAGCUGCAUUGCGGGGGCCUGGAUAUUACACAUUUGAAUUUAGCAUGAUGACAUCAUCAAAUUCCCAAAGUGCUCCAAAAUGGACCAUAUUAGUCUACUUUUUAGUGCUUUGUUUGUGCUGAUUUGUGCAGGUGAAACUGACAUUUGUGCUGCUAUGGUUUCUGAGAUAUAUGCUUGACAACGUUUUUUCAAAUACCAUGUGUGCCUUUUAUUUGUAAAUGAGUUCAAUAAAGUUUUGCAAGAAAACCUGUCUCCUUUAUGUUUUUAAAAUAAUCUUUAUUUGUUGAACAUAUACAGUAGUAAUCAAUGUUACUUUUACAAAUAUUUUUCUUUCAUCAAUAUGAGAUAUCAGUAAAAAAAAGUAUACCACCAGGAUUUGAACCCACAUGGUUAACACGGCACCUGAAAACAAAAAGGUACAACCCCACGCUGUGUUAUACACAGUAUAAUGCGCAUUGCUUGCAUUUCUUUUUUGUCUUUUGCUUUAUUACUGUUACAUGUGUUUAAUAUCGUUAACUUGUGUUACCAGUGUGUUCAGUCUUUCAUAUAAAGUCGUUUUUCUAAAUCAAGUCACUUUUGUGCUCUUUUCUUUGUCAGUCUAAAGCAGUGUUUUUCAACCCUGGUCUUCAAGGCACACUGCCCUGCAUGUUUUUGUAUUCUCCCUGCCUUAACAAGCCCCAUUCAGCUGACUGCAGUUCAGCAAAAACUUGUUAAUCAACCAUCAAUUUUAAUCAGCUGUGCUGAAGCAGGGAAAACCUGAAAACUCCCUGGACAGUGUGCUUUGAGGACCAGGGUUGAAAAACACUGGCCUAAAGUAUAUUUGCUUUUCAAACUCCGUCAAAUUCACCUCUAUAAACUUGAAGGUUAUAUUUUUCUUUGAAUAGAUUUGCCAUAUAGCACUUUGGGAAUUUGAUGAUGUCAUCAUGCUAAAUUAAAACGUGUAAUAUCUCAGAAACCGUUGCAGCACAAAUGUCAGUUUCACCUGCACAAAUCAGCACAAACAAAGCACUAAAAAAGUAGACUAUUGUGGUCCAUUUUGGAGCACUUUGGGAAUUUGAUGAUGUCAUCAUGCUAAAUUAAAAUGUGUAAUAUCUCAGAAACCGUUGCAGCACAAAUGUCAGUUUCACCUGCACAAAUCAGCACAAACGAAGCACUAAAAAAGUAGACUAUUGUGGUCCAUUUUGGAGCAGUUUGGAGUAGUCCGGGGGGGACGGUGACCUCUGAAUGACCUAUUAAAUAAAGUUUAAUAUCUCCAAAACCAUAGCAGCACAAAUGUCAAUUUUACCUGCACAAAUCAGUACAAACAAAGCACUAACCAAGCAGUCUAUUUGCCUCCACUUUUGAAGCUGACGGGGGGUCAGCUUCACAGAGCUAAAGCGAUGCAAUCUACUGAAUAAAGUUUCUUCUCCUAGCUGGACAAGUCUGUCAUCAAUGACCUUGCAACUGGUGAUCCCGCUGCAAGAAACAAGAGUCUGAUCAAAAAGUGGUGCAAAACAAAGACAAACACGACAUUCUGGAAUGGCACCGUAGAGAACUGCCCCGCUGGUGCUGUUUGUUGGGAGGAUGGAAACCUGACAUGGACUGAGAUGAACACCACUUUCACUGAAUACCAGCAGAAAUGCAAACACCUUUUCGUCAACAUUACCUUGCCUGAUCUAGCCGUUGGCCUCAUUCUCCUAGUUCUGUCUUUGCUCAUCCUCUGCACAUUCCUCAUCCUCAUCGUCAAGCUGCUCAACUCCAUGCUGAAGGGACAGGUGGCUGUGGUUAUCAAAAAAAUGCUCAACACAGACUUACCCUACCCCUUUGCAUGGGGUACUGGCUAUAUAGCAAUUUUCGUGGGAGCAGGGAUGACUUUUCUUGUCCAAAGUAGCUCAGUCUUCACUUCAGCACUUACGCCUCUGGUUGGUAUUGGUGUAAUCAGUCUUGAGAGAGCUUAUCCCUUGACACUGGGUGCAAACAUGGGUACAACAACCACUGCUGUACUUGCUGCUAUGGCUAGCCCUGGAGAUAAACUAGCCAACUCAUUGCAGAUUGCACUCUGCCACUUCUUCUUCAACAUCAUGGGAAUCCUACUUUGGUAUCCAAUCCCCUUCAUGCGGGUGCCCAUCAGGCUAGCCAGAGGUCUGGGGAACAAAACAGCUAAAUACCGCUGGUUUGCUGCCCUCUACCUCUUCUUGUGUUUUGCAGUUCUACCUCUCAGUGUAUUUGGCCUUUCAUUGGCUGGCUGGCAAGUCGUGGUUGGCGUUGGUGUGCCUGUAAUUGCGUUAAUUGUCGUGGUUGUCAUCAUCAGUGUUAUGCAGUCUCGAUGCCCACGCUAUCUUCCAAAGGUCCUCCGCACCUGGGACUUUUUGCCUCGACCCCUUCACUCCAUGGCUCCCAUGGACAGGGUGGUGACUUCGUCCAUGCUGUUUUGUGGCAGACACUGCUGCUGCUGUUGCAGAUGCAGCACCUGCUGCAGAAAAGACGAUGAUGAGGAAAAGAUCUCAAGGAUAAACAUGAAAGGUCUAGAGAUGUACAAGAACUCGGCCUUGACUACAGAUAAAAACAUAAACAAGAGUGUUAUAGCAACUCACCUUUAAUGUCAUAAUGUUAAAUGUUAUGCGGGUGCAAUACAGCGAUGGGUGUGUAACAUCCAUAAUUCCAGGUUUCAGUUUGUAAGAAUAAUUAAUAGCAGUGUAACUCAAUUAUCAAAGGAAACAAAGCAAACACUGAAGUUGAAAAAGUCUAACUAUUCUUCCCAGAAGUAACCUGAAAUUUUAAGAUAAAAAUCAGUUGGACUAUAUUCAUACAGAUGAUUUUCUAAAUAUUUGAAUGUAGUGCAAAAGUCCAUUUAUUGAGUAAUUAGACUGAGAGACCAUCUAAAGGCUUAGGAAUCCUUUGCAGGUGUUUAGGAUUCAUUAGCUGAUUAGAGUGUGACACGUUGAGUCUAGAACAUUGAACCUUCUCACAAUAUUCCAAUUGUCUGAGAUUUUGAAUGUAGAGUUUUCAUCAGGUGUAAUCCAUAAUCAUCCUAAUUAUAACAAAUAUCAGGCUUUACAUGUAAUGAGUCUAUCUCAUAUAUUAAUUUCAUCUUUUAAAUGGAACUACAGACAUAAAUGAAUUUUGCACAAGAUUCAAUUUUUAAUAGAAUCAGCUCCUCUAAAUCUGAGACCAUGGUCUUGAUUUGGAAAGGGUAGAAUGCCUUCUCCGGGUCAGGGAUGAGGUCCUGGCCCAAGUGGAGGAGUUUAAAUAUCUCAGGGUCUUGUUCACGAGUGAGGGAAAACUGGAGCGUGAGAUCGACAGGCGGAUCGGUGCUUCAUCUGCAGUGAUGCGGGUGUUGUACCGGCCUGUCGUGGUGAAGAGAGAGCUGAGUCAGAAGGCGAAGCUCUCGAUUUACCGGUUGAUCUACAUUCCUACCCUCACCUAUGGUCAUGAGCUUUGGGUAGUGACCGAAAGAAUGAGAUCACGGAUACAAGCGGCCGAAAUGAGUUUCCUCUGCAGAGAGGCUGGGCUCUCCCUUAGAGAAAGGGUAAGAAGCUCAGUCAUUCGGGAGGGGCUCGAAGUAGAUCCGCUGCUCCUCCACAUCGAGAGGAGCCAGUUGAGGUGGCUCGGGCAUCUGGUCAGGAUGCCUCCUGGACGCCUCCCUGGUGAGGUUUUCCGGGCACGUCCAACCGGGAGGAGACCUAAAGGUAGACCCAGGACACGGUGGAGGGACUAUGUCUCUCACCUGGCCAGGGAACGCCUUGGGAUUCCCCCGGAGGAGCUGGCCCAAGUGGCUGGGGAGAGGGAAGCCCGGGCCUCUUGCCUUAGGCCACUGCCCCCAUGACCCGACUCCGACUAAGCGGAUGAAAAUGGAUGGAUGGAUGGAUGGAUGGAUUGAUUCUAUUUUUUCUAUUGUCAACUGUAAAUGUGCAAGUUUUGAGUGUUUUUUGUGAGUUAUGUGUGUUUUUUUACAGUUAUUUUGGAAGAUAAAAAAACUCUUCGUAUUGUUUGUGAUUUGCGAUGAUGAAAAUAUAUCUUUAUCGAUUAGCAUAAACAUUUCAUGGUGAAUAUAGUAUAAGGCUGCCGUAGGCCGAAUAGCACAAUACAAGGCAAAACAAAAGGUAUUGCUUAUAAUGCCAAUUCUUUGUUAAAAAGAGAAAGAACAAAGUGCAAACAGCUCAUGUACAUAGGGUUCGAAGCCAGAAAGUUAAAGACAUUUAAACAACAAAACAAAAACCACAUUAAAUAUACUUUCCACCCUAUACACAUAUAUACACAUGAAAUUUAUUUCAUAACAGUAUUCAUUGCAAAAAGAAGUAAGAAUUAAAAAAGCCAAGAUUUUCAAUAUUCUUAUUUUGUACUAUUCAUUCGUGUUCUGUAUACUUUUCUAAUCAUCUAGUUUUUAGCAUAUUUUUAAACACUGAAAAUAACAACACCUUUUUAAAUAAUUGUCAUAACUGUUCCACCAAUUAACUCCUCUAACAGAAACACAUCUGUUUUAUGUUUGUCCUUAGCAUUUUCUUUUUGAAAAAAUCUGUUCCUCUUAAGUCAUGCUGACCGUCUCUGACCUCAAACAACUUCUGUGUUCUUUGGCAAAACAAAUAAUUUUUUGCUUUAUACUGUAUCUGUGCAGUUUUAUAUUCAAUGAAAUCAUAACAUUUCAGGGUUUCAAAUUAAUGAACAUAUGUUGGUUGGUUCUAGUUUGAUUGAUUUAUAAUUGUUAUAGCACUUUUUUGCAGCUUAAAAACAGGAAGACUAUUAGUUUUAUAUGCAUGCAUUUCUCAGUUUGAAUCACUAGCCAACGCUACUUACUUAUUUCUGAUAGAGUACUCAAUUUGUUGAAAGGUUUUAAAUAUUGUUUCUUAAACCAGCUUAAACAAAUUCUUUGGAUAAAACAAAGUAAUAAUAAACAUUUUUAAUAAUAUAGUAACAAAAAUGAAUCAGGGUUAGAAUUAGCUUUAUCAGCUAAGACUGUUGCACAAUCAAGGAAUUUGGCUUCGGAUUCACACGCUAUUAUACAAGCAAUGUUAUGGAGAUCAAGAAAAAAAUCAAAGACAAAAUGUAUGUUUAGGCAUUUUAUUAAAAUGUGUAAGUUUAUAAAAAAUCCAAAGGUUUGUUGCAGAAGUGCAGUAUGCUUGUUGUUAAGCAGGGGCCAGGAACUGUCCCUUUGGCAGUUGGUUUUUAUAUAAAGUGCUCUUUAACACUGACUGUAUGAUUAAAGUUAGCAAUAUUUGUGUGCAGGUUGUGUGGAGUCAUUUGGCUGCUCUUUUCCUGACUCUAUACCUGUAAUCCAAAGGGGUUCAAAUAAAGGCAACUGGACUUCUUUGGUUUCUUGAAGAUGUUUCGCUUCUCAUCGGAGGAGCUUUGUAAAUUCUAACUGGAAUAUAGGAGAGUCAGUUUAAAAACUGUAGCUGUCUAUUGUUAUUUAAAGCUGCUUUCCGGAUUUUUACCCUUUCAGAAAUGAUGUAUGCUUUUUCAGAAAUUUGUAAAAGUUAUUGUCUCAUCAUGUACUGUAAUAUAAUGUAAGCAAUACCAUUUUUUUUGUUAAGCACACCCCCUGCCCCGCAGAGCUCCAUGCAAUAGGAAACUGAGUGCCGACCAGAACUAACAAUAGCGUUAGACUACCGCUUACUUGCUUCAAAUUUAAGGAAUACCUCGGCUGCAGAGUUGAUGAACUUUUCAUGGACAAGUACGUCUUUAAAAUAUAGAUAUAUGAAAACACAACAUGGCAUGAGAAUAAUACUCGUAAAACAAUGUGUUUUAGCUCUGUUUGUUGGCUACAGAAGCACAUUUAUAAACAGAAACAUGAAGUCACCAUCUUUAAAAAAGAGAGCAACAGAUUUUUUGUUGUGAUAUGCUUGUCAGCCACUAGAUGGUGCCGUCAGAUAAGAGAAAUACUCCGGGAAGAAGCUUUAAUGAGCAGAAACUACUCUGGAUGCCCCUCCUCUAUCGCUUGAUGAGUCAUUAGCCUCUGUUGAGAGGGAAUCAUUGUGUUGAUUAAAUGCUGAAACUGGAGCGAAUCUCACACAGCUUCAGAGAUUUAUUGAAGAUCCGUGUGAAGGUGUGGGCCAAUUGAUCAGCACAGGCUUUGAGAAAAGAGGGGGAAAUACCAUCAGGACCUGGAGCUUUCCUGGUCUGAAGUUAAGAAAGCCACCUCACAAUCCCAAUUAGGGCUGCUCGAUUAUGGCAAAAAUAAUAAUCACGAUUUUUGUGACUGAAAUUGAGAUCACGAUUAUUUAGGACGAUUUUUCAAUCUAUGAUGAUUUUAUUUGUUUUUAUUCAGUCAUAAAACUGCUCAGGGCACAAUCAGGACAAAAAUAAACAAGAAACAAGAUGAUCACUAAAAUAACUCCUGAUUCCCAGUAUAAAAAGACCAAUAUACUUAUAGCUCAUAGUCUAUGACCCAAGGGCUAUAGACCUUGGUUUAACUCAUUUAAGUCUAACCAGUACAGAACCAAAUACCAAUAUCUUGCAAAUACUGACAGCAAGAAUUAUACAGUGGCAUUUAUAACAAAUAAAUGCAAAUAAAUUGAUGUUCACAAAAUGUUGCAUAACAUUUAUUGAGUCGUGUCAAGGUGCUGUAGGAGAGUGCACUAGCACCGUGUCCUCAGAGAGGUUAGUUAUUAUUUAUCAGCGUGAGGAACUUAUUUCUACCUUAUUUAUAAACUAUUUAUUUACAAGUCCAUCAGUUAAUGUAAUAAUUGUCCCAACCACAGCUGCACCCCCCACCCCCCAACCCGGUCUCACAGCAAUCGGGCAAGCUGCACGUGUGUUUAGCGCGCUGCACGCGCACAUUUAGCUGUUUUUAGCUGCUCAGGAGUCCGCAGGUGCGGUGUGUGUGUCACUCACUCUGGUUAAUCCAACAAGGAGCCGGCUCCGAGAGCUGUCUUUAGCGACCGACACAUCACUACAUCAUUCCCUUUCCUAAUGUUGUGAAGAACGGUCCGGAGCUCAGGCGGAGUGUUUAGCUAACCUGCAGGAAAUGUCGACGACCGUUAUCCAGAAAGUAGCUAAGGGUUACCAGAGAUGUUUCUGAGGUGUUCGCUAGGUACUUUUAGGAUUAAAAAGUC